ACCAAAAUAUUAUAUAUAAAAAAUUAUAUGGAGGUUUAUAAAAACAUCUUGUAUAUUUGACAUAGUUUGAAAGAGCUAAUCUAGGUACUACUACAAAUGUUUACGUCAUUCCUAUGAAAAGUGAACAUGCAGGCUACUAAAAAUUUUUCCAAUAGUAUAUAUCUGCUAUUAACCAUAUUCUGUUUAUUGAUAUUUCCACAUUAUACCCAAGAAUUUGGGUUUAAAUUUGAUGGGGACGAUGAUAGCGGUGAGCAUGGAAAGCAAUUAACAAAACAUCGUGCACUUGAAAAAAAAUUUAAAUUUCGAAAAAUAGAACGCGUUUUCGUUGAUACAGAGAAUUACGGUGAUGAUGACGACAUCGAUGUUGAUAAAAGUAUAAAAAAGGACUUAUCAGAUGAAAACGAUGUGCCAUUCGAGCGUGUGCGCAAUGCGCAGAAGGAUGAUCGAGCACCAAAAAAACAAAGCCGAGAAAAGAGAGUGAAGACAAGUACUUCAGACGAAAGAGACUCUUCAGAAAUAGAUUUCGAUCAAUCUCAAUCAUUUCUUAGUCGUAUAUUCGGUGGCUUUUUUGGUAGUGAUAAAGAAGAAAAACAAGAUACACAAAAGAAGAAUGAGAAGAAACAAAAGCAUAGUAAAUCCGUAGAGGAAAAAUCGAACAGUAUAAUUGACUGGUUGAAAUGGUUAGGUGUGAAGUUGGGUAAAUUGAAUGCUGCUGAGGAAAAGGAAAAAAUAAAAGCUACUGGUGAUAGUUGGUGGAUGUAUCUGGAUCGGUGGCCAAUAAAUAGUUUCUUUCCAAUUGGUAAACAGCCAAAACCAGUAUCAAUGCCGCGACAAAAGAAUUCUAUUAAGCAAAAUGGUGAUGAUUCUUCAGCAGAAGUUUUACCCAUGAGCCAGGAACAUUUUGAAUCAUUGUUACAUACUUUACCAGGUUUCGUGGUAAAUGCUUCGCAUGUAAGCAAUACGGAAUGUCGACAGCACAUGCAAAUUUUUCAUCGUCAAUUGCGUGGAAAUAAACUAUGGACAUUGCAAAUGCUAGAUGCAACUGGCAAGAUAUCAUCAGGAAUUUUACGAGGCAAUAUUAAUCAGUUUGGGGAUUUCGAUUUAUGUACACAAAUCAGGACAGUAGUUAAGGUUACUUCUGACAUACCAAUGCGUAUAAGAGGCAAAUAUUGCUUAGCUCACAUUGAGACACAGACUGAUGUAUCAGAACUUAAGCUACCAGUUUAUUUAGCGCAUGCACGUGAACUUUGGAAUAGUCAUCUUGGAAAUCCUGGACAUUUUGUACCACGUUACGCUGUUGCGAAUUGGGGUGUUUGUAUACCACAUUCAUGUCCAGCUGAAGUGGUACAGGAAAUGAUUGAAACCAACUUAAGACCUUACAACACAACCGGUAUUGAGUUUCAUGUUGAGGUGAAUGAUAACGAUUGUUAUAUACGUCAAAGUAGAAAAUGGACAAAACUGAUGGAGAAGGAUAAGAAAUUCGCUAUGACAGUUGUAUGUAUAUCAUCACUAGCACUACUAGUUUUUAUUUCUUUGCUAUAUGAGCAAAGGUCUAUCUUCAAUAAAAUACUAGAAGCUUUGAAAAAUUUAAGAGGGCCUAAUGAAAAUAUUAAAACUGAAAACAAUGAAGUUGAUGAUGAAGUUGACAGCAAUAAUAUUAGACCGGAAGGUACAAAUUCAAAUGAGAAUAAUACGGAUGAAGUAGUAAAUGCCACUGCAGCUCCGAGUUCCGAUACGACUUAUGAACACAGUGCAUCAUUUAAGCAAUUUCUGCAAGAGAUUAUCAAAUCAUUUUCACCGAGGCGUACACUCACAGUGCUACUCUCUGAAGAAAACACAGAUUUUCCCAUUUUGCACGUGUUAAAGCUUGGCGCCACCUUCAUGCUAUAUGUGUGUCUGAAGUACCUUAUGAUUGGACACUUGCCAAUUACAAAUCGUGAUCAACUUGUUCGCGCUGUCGAUCAUCCAUUUAGCAUUAUGUUCCGCGCACCACUUUUAUAUGCAGACAUUUUGCUAUUAAUCGGUGGUUUCUUCUCAGCAUAUCAAUUAUCCUCUGAAAUGGAACAAAAAUCAUAUAUACAGUUACUUAAAUGUCUGGUAUCAAAAAUUUGUAGAUAUCUACCAACAUUGUUUGUGGUAAUUCUUUUUCAAACUUGGAUACUUCCACAUUUAAAUUCCGGACCUCUAUGGACUAACUUAAUUGGACAGAAUUCACGCUUAUGUGAGCAGCAGAUGUGGAGAAACGUAUUUAGUGUACAGAAUGCGAUAGAUUUCGAGGAAACAUGUUCACCUAUGACUAUUUCAUUUGCAUUGGAAGUGCAAUUAUUUUUACUUGGACCACUUAUUGUGUGGCUAUAUUAUACCAAUUCUGAUGCUGCUUUUUAUACUUAUGGCGCCAUACAUGCUAUGUCUGUAGCAGCUAGAUUUUCUAGAACUAAUAGAGAGCAUUUAUCUGUUACGUUAUUUCAUGGAAUUAAUGUAAGCAAAUUCUACCGAACUGCCAAUAUAUUAUUUUCUUCGCCCAUAAGUCGAGCGACACCCUAUUUACUAGGUAUUGGAGCUGGCUUACUGCAUCGCUCUGAAUAUGGUAGCCUACAAUGUGCAACAAAUCUUAUACCAUUUGGUUGGAUUCUAGCCAUAUUAGGUAUAGUAUGGUGUUUCUGGGCGCCAUCAACCGGUAUGACUGGAAGUUAUAUAUACACACCCAAUAAUGCAGCUUCAUAUGCGGCAUGGAGUCCAUUAAUACUUGGAUUAGCUAUAUGUUGGCUAAUAUUUAUGUUUCCAAAAAUGGAAAAAUCAGUUUUAGGAUUCUUAACAAAUUCACGUCCAAUAAUAUUUUUGUCUCGUAUAACAUUUCCGAUUCAAUUAGUUAUGUAUGUGGUUGUGCUUUAUAACACGGCUAGCGUUAAAGAGGCACAAAAAUUUCAUAUGCUUGAAUUGAUAAAUAUUAAUGAAAUUGGUUUCAUUUUGUUCUAUGCUAUUAUGCUAGCAUUUAUAGUCGAUAUACCAACAAAUCAAAUACGUCGUUUGCUCGUUAAUCGUUUAUUUAGAGAACGUAUACAAACAGAGCAGGAACCAACUUCACAGUCGGAAGCUUCUGAAGAGCCUAGUGAACAAAUAGUUAGUGACACACCUGAACCGUCAGAAACAAUUUGGGCUUCUGAUCCAGAAGAAGAAGAACUAAAAUAUCUUACACGUCGUCGUAGUUCAACAAUAAACUCUGAAUCGAUUGUAACAAAAGCGAAUACUACAGAUCAGAUAGACGAAAUUGAAACUAAAGAAGAGGUAGCAGAAGAAGAACAGGAGGAGGAGGAGGAGGAGGAAGAGGAAGUUGAAGUAGAUAUUACUGAAGCUGAAGAAGUGAAAAAGUCUCCGAUAAUUUCAACUAAAAAACCAGUGAUUGAAGAAACAAAACCAACAUAUACACGCAGACGUAGACCGAUAAGUGAUGAUUAAUCAUGUAAUUCUUAAUUUGGCAAAAUUCUAUGAGAAAAUUAUUUUCUUGAAGAAAAUAUAUUAAUGAGAGAAGAGAGACCCAUUGGAGAGUUGUAAGAAAAAAAACAGCUAUUUUUUUUUUAUUACUAACUUCCUGACUUUUACCCCGAACGAUUGGCGAAUUAUUGAAUUUAUAUCGACACCUUAAUAAUUAUAAAAUAGUUUUUAUACAAUUAAGGUUAAUUUACACUAAAUUUAUUAUGAAAUUUAAUUUAAUAUAUUUUUUGUUUUGGACAGCAAUUGCAAUACAGUGAAGUCGAAGAUUAUUUUAAAUUACAUAUUGGAAUUGUUGGGCUACAAUUUAAGCCCAUUUAACACAAUUUUAUAUUAGUCGUGAUCCAAAACACUGUCUAUAUGUGGUCUGAUAAGUGGUUUAUUUAAUUUUAGCAUUAAAAUAAUUUGUAUCAACAAACUCUAAUUAAAAUUAAUAUAUCUUAAUUUUAUACAUACAAGUAUAAGUUAUUCAAAGAGUUUAUUUAAAAGACAUGUGUUUACUUCAUAGAUCUGUACUCCUCUACGAGUAACUGGAUAUAAUACAUUUACUGUAUUUUAA